GCAGCUUCACAUCUCUCUCUCUCCCCUCUCUCUCUCUCUCUCUCUCUCUCUCAAACGAUAGCGACGCUCGUUUGAGUCACUUGGACCUUUGGCGACGAAUCCUAUGAAAAUGCAGUGAAAUAGAGCUUGCAUAACUGCUAGCGUGAAGAGGCCAAGGAUCAGAACCAAAUUGUCUGUUUCCAUUCGGGGAAGCUUCUGCAACCAAAUCAAGUUCAUCAGUCAAGCUAGUAACAGAACAUGAAGCGCAAGCGUGGGGUUGGGAAACGCAAACCAAAAUUGGCUCCUGCGGUUGAUGCAAAGGAGUCAAUCGGAAAUGUUGUCGCUCUAAAUACUCAAGAUGACUUGGUUCCAGAUGACAUUGAUAGUACUGAAUUUCGCUCUAGAAUGGAGUUUGAAAAACCACAACAUGGCAGCAAAAAGACUAGGCAGCAAGCAAGUUCAAAAAAGCAAAAAGUAGUUGAUGUGAACAUGGAAGAUAAUAUAAGCUCAUUUCCUGAGACGAGUGGAGGUGUUUCUGCUAAUGUAUCGAGGAUAGCUAGGAGCAUAAUCAGUAAAUCAUCAAGGGGUUUUGCUUCCUCAAUUAGAGAACCCUUUAGUUCUGCACAACAGGAGCCGGGUGGAGGGGCGUGCCAAAAAGAACCAAAUUUGCCUCAUCAGGAGCGUCAAUACCAAGACCAUGAAUUAAAAGCUGCCCUGGAGGUGAUCAGGAAAGUUAUGAAAAUGGAUGCGGCUGAGCCUUUCAAUGAUCCUGUGGAUCCUAUUGCUAUGGGAAUACCUGAUUAUUUCGAUAUCAUUGAAACACCUAUGGACUUUGGCACAAUAUGUAGCAACAUUGAAAAUUGUGCCAAGUAUGAGAAUUCAAAGGAUGUUUUAAGGGAUGUACAAUAUAUUUGGGAUAACUGUUGCAAGUAUAAUAAAAAAGGUCAUUAUAUCUUGGAGCUCAUGAAGCGUGUGAGAAGGAACUUCACAAAGUUAUGGGCGGAAGCUGGUUUGCAUAUGGAAGCGCAGGAGACUGAUGGACUUUCACACGUACCUACUACGGAGUCUACCAUGAGGUGCAAUAUUGAACAUAGGAACCCAUUGGGCUCUAUUGCUAAUUUUGCCAGACAUCAGUAUCAGGAUCAGGAUCAGGAAGACCCUAGUGGAUUUCAGCCCCAUCAGCCCCCAAUGAACCACUGGCAGUCAUAUCAGCCCCAUAAGAGACCGCAUACAUAUCAACUGAGCUCUUGUCAGCAGCAGUCUUCCCAAGCACGGGUUGGCCCAAAUCUUGGUGGUGCAGGACAUUCGCACAUGACUCCUUUCGAGGGUGACAAGAGACAGUGCUCACAUGGGCAUCGGUGGUCAGUGGAUCCUGUAGAUGAUAAUUGCUCCCACCAACAACAGAAGCAGACAGGCCAGAGCCAAUUUCAACAUUGGCAGCAUCAGCCCUCGUCGGGUUAUAGCCAGCCAUAUCAACCUCCCCAGAGAUCCUGCCAGUGUCACGCAUGCUCUCAGCAACCACAGCCCUUCCAUGUACCGGCUGACACAUUUACUGCUAGUGCAGGAGACUUCUAUGCAUCUCCUCCUGAAGAUUCCAUGGUAAGGGGUUCCAAACAUGGAAAUAGGUGCCCUGUAGGCCCUAUGACUGACUACAUGAGCCACCAGCAGCAGGAUCUGAUAGCCCCAAACCAUAUGCAGCCGCAUCAGCCCCCAUCUAAGCACCAGAAGGGGACUUACCAGGGAAAGCUAAGCUCCAGCCAGCUCCAUCGUGGCUUUGGCCCGCCACAAUAUUCCCAGCCAGAUAUGGAAAUGGUUGGUGCAGGAGACUUCUGCUCGACUCCUCCUGAGGAGUCCAUGAUAAGGAGCACCAAACGUGGUCCGAGGUGCCCAGUAGGCCCUAUGGCAGACCACAUCAGCCACCAGCAGCAGGAUCAGAGAGCUGCAAGCCAUAUGGAUCCCUAUCAGCCCUCAUCGAACUAUGGCCAGGAACAUCUCCCCCACCAGCAGACUUCCCGGCGCAAGCUGAGCUCCAGCCAGCUGCAUGCUGGCUUUGGGCCACCUCAACAUUCCCAGCCACACAAGGAAAUGGGUGGUGCAGGAGACUUGUGCUCGUCACCUCCUGAGGAAUCCAUGAUAAGGAACACCAAGCGUGGGCCUAGGUACCCAGUAGGCCCUAUGACUGACUAUGUCAAUCACCAGCAGCAGGAUCAGAUAUCCCCAAACCAUAUGCAGCCCCUAUCUAUCUACCACCAGGAUCAUCCCUCCCAUCUGCAUUCUGGCUUUGACCCGCCACAACAUUCCAAGCCCCAAAUGGAAAUGGCUAGUGCAGGGUACUCCCCACCUCCUGCGGAGUCUAUGAUACGGUGCACCAAAAGUGGGCCUAUUGUCCCAGUGGUCAGCCACCAGCAGCAGGAUCAGAUAACACCGAGCCAAAUGCAGCUUGAACAACCUCAGGAAAAGACUGGCGAGGGCCCGCUGAGCUCUAAUCAACCAGAGCCUUCUCACUCACAAGCUGACGUGGAUAGGGGUACUGCAGAUUCUAGCAGCACUAGGAAAAGGAAGACUCGUGGUCGUGGUCCAACACGGUGCCUUGAUGUAUGGAAUAUGGAUGGUAAAAUACCUAUUACCACCAAUGAAUUUGGGCAGCCCAUUGGUGUUGAGGCUCCCAAACUAGUUAAUUUCCUUGGCACCAUUGCACGAAAUGGGCACAUGGCACCCCUUAAUUACAUUGAGUGGCGAGCACUCCCGGAUGAGAGCAAGGAGAAAAUGUGGCAGCAAGUUCAGUCAAAAUUUGAUAUUGAACCACAAAGCAGAAGUUGGGUCUUGAAGUCAAUUGGCAAUAAAUGGAAGAACUGGAAAGCUCUCUUAAAGGCUACGCGUUAUACGCCCCAUAAGACCAAUGAGGGGAGGCUGGCAGAUCGUGAUGAGAGGGUCCUCCCGGAUCAGUGGCGGAUCCUCGUUUCAUAUUGGAACUCCAAAGAGGCAAAGAACCUCAGUAUAAAAAAUAAGGCUUGUCGCUCUUUCCAGAAAAUAAACCAUGCUACGGGUUCAAAGAGUUUUGCCCGAGUACGUGAGGAGCAGCGUGCGAAGAGGCCUGAUGGGAAGGAGCCAUCCAGGGCAGAGCUAUUCAUAGUGACACGUACUCGCAAAGAUGGGCGCCCUGUGAAUGAGGAAUCGUCUGCAAUAAUUUCAAAGCUUCGUGAACGAGCUGCUCAAGGGCAGGGGACCUCACAAAACGUUGUUGUUGGAGAUGAUGUCUUCCAUCAAGUGAUGGGACGAGAUAGACAUGGACGUGUGCGCACUUACGGGCUGGGUCCCGCCCCAUCAGAUCUUGGGGUCCCCAAAUCGAGUCAUGCUGAAGCCUUAAAAAUGGUGGCACAGGCUAAUGCAGAGGUGCGUGAGAUGAAAGAGAGAAUGGUGGCCAUGGAGCAGACUUGUGCACAGAUGGCAGCCCAAAUGGCAACCAUGAUGUCAAUGAUGUCCACCAUGCAGAAGAAGUCGCCUGACAGACAUCCUCCUAAUGUUGUAGAUGUCUCUGGCAAGUCUGAGGAAUUGCAGCAGCCACAGGGUUCUGAAAUGACAAGAAGAACUACAAGAUCAAGCAAGUCAGUUUCCCGAAAGAAGUGAAGCUUGGUUGAUUGCACCUUCGUAGCAGUCGAUGUGACGAUGUGCUAGUGGUUAUCCGAACUGAAGUGAUACAUGGGACUCCUGCUAUAUAUGCAUAAUAUUAUACUUAAUGUCCGUUGUGAUAUGAAGUUCAAGACGGCCUUGUUUUAGCCUUUCCUAUUAACCUAUUAUACUUCAUGUCCGUUGUGAUAUGAAGUUCAAGACGGCCUUGUCUAUCAGGUUAAGGUUGAAUGAACUGUCUGUUAAUUAAUGGUUCCAUUACUUCAACUGAGGUACAAACUUGGGAUCUACAAAGUUCACUUAUGGAUCUUUAAAUGUCUUGGUAAGUGACAGCUGCUGAAGCCAUGUCUUACUGUAUGUACUGGAUUUGUAAUGGAUUUUAAGGUUGAAUGAACAACAUUAGCUCUAA